AUGUUGAACUUCCGGGAGGAGCGCUGGUUGGGGCGGGGACUUGGCUGCGGUUCCGGAGUGGACAGAAGUCCGCUCCAGGCCUCGGGUUCUCUCGGCGUCACCCGUAUUCGCAACCGGGGACAGAAUCCACGCGACUCGCAGACGCGGCAACGUUCUUCUGAGGGUACCACACAGUGGGCGCGCGGAGUUGCCGAAACCGGCGCGGGCGCCAGCGACUCUCGAGGCAGAAGGCCUUCUGAUUCGGCUCAAGACGGCGGGCGGGAGAUUCUCGGGACGCAAGCGAGAGUUGGAGCCAUUUUAGGGCAAAACCACCCAACCACGCCUCCUCACGCUCCGGAGAAGCCAAUCCAUGCGCAGCCACGCCCCUUGCGACGCGCGGCGGCGACGCCAACGGUCGCGCGGGUGACGGUUAGGGAGGGGCGCGACUCGGGGGCGAGAGGGGGACAUCAGAGACGCUCGCCCCGCCCUCGAAAUCCGACGCCCCAAAGCUGGGAUUUAGAGGCUCGGAGGCUGGCACCACGCCCUGGCCAGAUGUGCGGGACUCGAACAGGUGCUCGGCCGCCUCGUCCAAGACCCCGGGAGCCCGGCGUGACGGCUGAGCGCCGCGGGUCAGACCGCGGUUGGGCCACCUGGUUUCCGGGUCCCCAAGGACGGCCUUCGGGGGCCCGGGGCGGGGCGGACGGCAGGUGCAGACAUCGGAGCCGCGCCCUCCUGAAACCAAGGGUCCUGGCUGGCUCUCCUCUCUCCCGCGCUGGGCCGGCUGAGCUGCGCGGUGCCCUCCGCCACGCUGGGGGCGCUGUAGCCGCGCUGGGCUGGGCUCCGCCACGGCCCCGCUGACC